CAUCUUACAACUGUUUUGUUUUAUGUUUUAUAAAUAAAAAUUUUUAAUGAUAAUUUUAUAUGUUUGAAAGAAAAUGCCGCGAAACGUCGAAGUAAAAGCUAGAUUGGAUGAUUUGGAAUCAUUUAAAAAGUUAGCGGAAAGUAUCAGUGAUACAAAAGCGGAAAUCAUACAUCAACAUGAUACCUUCUUUAAAACAGAUGGCGAAUAUCGUUUGAAGCUUCGUAAACAGUCUGGACAAAAUCGCUUGAUCAGUUACAAACGCUCCGACAAAGAAGGACCUAAACUAUCACAAUAUGCACACUACUGGACUGACAAUCCGGACAGUUUGAGAGAAGUUUUAAGUCAAGCGUACAGUCUUAGAGGCACAGUAGAAAAGAAACGUACUUUAUAUAUGUCUGGUCAAACGAGGAUACAUGUAGAUGAAGUAAAAGAUCUUGGUCAUUUUAUGGAACUCGAGGUGUGUUUAAGGGACGAUCAAUCUUUAGAAGAAGGAGAACUAAUUGGGAAGAAUUUGAUGCAACAACUUCACGUAAAACAAUCGAAUCUCGUAUGUGGCGCAUAUAUAGACUUCCUUGAGAAGAAUUAGUAAUUUUUUUACUCAUCACGAAAACAUGGCAGUCUUUCCUAUUGUUAUUUUUAUAAAAACAAGUUACGUCAUCAACUUUAACAUCCGAACAAAGUUUUCA